UKUUAACUGCGGCAGAUGGGGAGUUCAGACGAUGUUUUUGCAUUGGGUUAUAUCCGUUAUGUAUAUUUUCAUAUACCGAUGUCACUCGUGAGAUCCAUUACCGUAAGCCUWCAGCUGUUACAGCGUCAUAAAGAUAGUCUCGUGUGGACACGGUGGACUAGAGACUACUAAACGGACCACGACCGAGGCGCGCGCACAGUAGCAAGCUGAAGACGCAGCCUACUUCGCCCUGAUGUUUGAGUGACUGMGUGACUGCUGUAAAAAGGAGGAAGAAUAAAGACAACGGAAAUCUUAAAUGAACUAGUUCCUGCUCUUCUGAAGUGUUGGGARUAGCCGAACUCCCUGCAGCCGCCACCAUGAACCUCUCCAACGAGACGACUCCACGGUGCUUCUCCAUCAACAAUCCCCCCUUCAUCUACAACCACACCAUUGCGUCCAGCUACUUCUCCAUUGUGUUCAGCCCUCUGGGCCUCACCUUCAACCUCAUCGCCUUUGUGGUCCUCCUCAAGUCCUUCCAGCGCACGCACAGCCGCUCGCGCUCCUCCUUUCUCGUCUUCCUCUGCGGCCUGGUGGUCACCGACUUCAUGGGCCUCCUGGUCACCGGCAUUAUCGUGAUCACCUUCCACUUCACCCAGUUCAACUGGCGCCGCCUGGACCCGCACUGCCACUUCUGCAACUACAUGGGCAUGUCCAUGGUCUUCUACGGCCUGUGCCCGCUGCUGCUGGGCGCCACCAUGGCUGUGGAGCGCUUCGUGGGCAUCAACCGGCCGUUCGCCCGCUCGACCAGCAUGCCCAAGUCGCGGGCCGUGUGCAUAGUGCUGAUGGUGUGGGCGGUGGCAGGGUGCAUCUCACUGCUGCCCCUGGUGGGCGUGGGGAGCUACCACAUGCAGAUACCAGGCUCCUGGUGCUUCUUCAACAUUAGCUCUAAGGCUAGCGACAUGGUCUUCUGUCUGCUCUUCUCUCUGGUGGGGCUGCUGUCCAUAUCCGUGUCCUUCCUGCUCAACACGGUGAGCGUGGUGACCCUGGUCAAGGUGUGCUGCGGCCAGGACGGCACACAGCGUCGCCGCGACUACGAGGUGGAGAUGAUGGUGCAGCUCAUCUGGAUCAUGACGAUCGCUACCAUCUGCUGGUGCCCCCUGCUGGUGUUUAUUGCGCAGACUGUGUUGUCAGAGAGCCCACUUCAGGUCCGCAACCUGCUGCUCUUCAUCCGUUUCGCCACCUGGAACCAGAUCCUGGACCCCUGGGUGUACAUCCUGUUUCGCCGCGCCGUCCUUAAGCGCCUCUACCCCCGCUGGGACUGGUCCCGGGGCUCCAUGAGGACACUGUACCCGGCCUCCUUCGUCGGCACCAUCCGCCGGUUCACCCGUUCUUCCCUGGGCGAUGAUGUCCUGGGGGGUGGCGAAAGGCGUGUCAGUCGAAACCCAGUCAUUUAACGUGAAGGCUCCACCUUCAUCGCCUUGACUGUUUCCUGUUGUUGUGCAUUGGUACUCAUCCUCGUCAGUGACAUUUUUAUUUAUAUGGUUUUUAGGUGCUGUUUAAACAGUUCUAAACAGACUGAACAUGGAUACGGCUGUGGCAGUCCACUGGGCACAAACAGGUUGAAUCAACGUAUUGUGACGUGGAAUCUAUAUGGAAAAUACAUUGAAAUUKAAAAGUUAUUUUUUUCAACCACAAGGUUAUGUCGUCAUUGUAACCAAUUUUCAACAUAGACAAACCUUGUAUGAAAUAUGUUAAAUUUGUAUCUUUGAAACAAUGGCAGAACUUCAACGUUAUAUCCACUAUCAGAAGAAGGAAAAAAACAACAGGCWGAGCAGCACCUCCUACUGGAGAGUUGAUCUAUCUACAACUAUAAAUUUKGUUUCCCAUCCAGGGUUUCCAACAAGCUCAGCCCUACUUAGUUGUUAUGUACUAUGUCACUGACUACUACCAAUGUGCUAUUGUGAGAAUGAUUAUUGAGAGAUCUCUUAAUAACUAAAUAUAUUCACUGUUGCUAUCAAAGUAAUUCCAAAGGGUAGGUUUAACAGCGCAAAUGAAAUAUAACCAUACUUUAUAAGUCAUAUAUCAUCAAUUAUACUAUUUAGGCCUAUAUAGCAUUUGCAAAGUCAUCAACAGCUAUUAUUUCAAUUCAACCAUGGUAAAGAAAAUAUAGAAACUGUGUGGUUAGAGCCCUGAAUGCUGAUUGAUUGACAGCCGUGAUAUAUCAGACCUUAUACCACGGGCAUGACAAAAUAGUCAUUUUUACUGCUUUAAUUACAUUGGCAACCAGUUUAUAAUAGCAAUAAGGCACCUCAGGKGUUUGUGGUAUAUGGCCAAUAUACCAUGGCCAAUAUACCACGGCUUAGAGCUGUAUCCGGGCACACGUUGCGUUGUGUGUAAGAAUAGCCCUCGGGCUGUAUUGCUUAAAUAGACAAUAYAUAUAGGCCUAGGGUUUCAAGCUUUGGUUMAUUUCAAAUUUACUCUUCAAGGUAAUUAUUAAUAUGUUGGAUUCAUGUUUCCAUCUCAACCAAAAAUUGAAGUUAAAGAAUAUGGACUAAAUUUAAAUCAAAGAUUAUUUAAAGUGCAUUUAAAGUUUGAUUUGAUUUAAUUUAGUCCUAUUCUUUAAGUUAGAUUGUUGGUUGCGAUGSAGACGUUAAUAUGUUGUCUCCAUGUCUCUUUAUUUAAAGUGCAUUUAAAGUUUAUUAGAUUACAUUUAGUCCUGUUCUUUAACUUAGAUUUUUGUUUGAGAUGGAGACGUGAAUCCAACAUAUCAAUAAUUCAUUUAUAGACAAACUGAGUACUGAAUUGGGUUUGACUGUCAACGCAAGUAAAUAUCAACAUUUGAAAGAGAUCUUCUGUUUGGAUAGUUCCAUCUAUGCCACUGACAUAUUUUCAUUAAAAACGUUAUUUGGAUUAAUUUAUUCAGGACUAUAUCUUCCACAAUAUAUAGUCCUGAAACAAUUCUUGGGUUGCUAGAGACGCGACCCAGUCAUUCAGUCUUUUUGUUCUGUAUCUAUGGACGUGACCCAGUCAUUCAGUC